UCAGCAUCUCCCAGUUUAAAACCUGAUCAAGGUGGAAGGAGUACGCACAUGUGGGUCGGACAUCACUGCAGGGAUCUCUCAUCAUCCACUAACUUCUCCUGAGAUCAGUAGGUGUAUCUGGUGAUCCACAGAAGAUCCAGACCAAGGUCAUAAUGGGCUCCAGCUCCUCAUCCUAUGCCCCUAAAACGAUCUACCUGGAUGUAGAGGGGAAGGUUCAAAGGGUCAUUUUUAGUCGACACUGCAGUCCGUGUGACAUCAGAGAGCUUCUCCUCACAUCCUCCAACAUGGCCAGAAACACAGCUAUACUGCUAGUGGACACAGAAGGAGCGCUGAUAUCUAUUGACCCCACCAUGCCUACCAACUCUCCCAAUAACCUGUAUAAAGUUGUUACCCAUUCAAGUCAAGGAGGAGAGAAAGAAGACAUGUUUCAGAAUGUUCUCUCACAAGUAGCUGAACAGUUCAGUCGGGCUUUUAGGAUAAAUGAGCUGAAGACGGAGGUGACGAACAGGCUGGCCAUGCUGGAGAAGAGAGUCGAAUUGGAGGGGCUGAAAGUGGUGGAGAUUGAGAAGUGUAAAAAUGAUCUGAAGAAACUGAGAGAUGAGAUGACCUCUAGAGGUGGAGCAAGGGUGAACUGCAACUGCAAAUACAAUUUCACUGAUGAUGGAAAGAAGCUCUCACCAAGACGGGAUGUUCCAAGUUAUCCAAAAUACACACUCUCCCAGGAGACGAUAGAAGCUCUAAAGAAGCCCACCUUUGAUGUCUGGCACUGGGAACACAAUGAGAUGUUAAGCUGCUUGGAGUACAUGUACCAUGACCUUGGGCUGGUAAAGGAGUUCAACAUGAACCCCAUCACACUAAAAAGAUGGCUGUUGGCGAUUCAGGAAAAUUACCGCGAUAACCCGUUCCAUAACUUCCGUCACUGCUUCUGCGUUAGCCAGAUGAUGUAUGGAAUGAUCCACCUGUGCAACCUUCAGGAGAAGCUGACAAUGACAGACAUGUGCAUUCUGAUGACGGCAGCAGUGUGCCAUGAUCUGGAUCAUCCAGGUUAUAACAACACGUAUCAGAUUAACGCUAAGACGGAGCUGGCCGUACGCUAUAACGACAUUUCCCCCUUGGAGAACCACCACUGUGCCGUAGCCUUCCAAAUCCUCUCUAUGCCAGAAUGCAACAUCUUUGCUAACAUUGAGCCUGAGUCCUUCAAACAGAUACGACAGGCAAUCAUUACUCUCAUUCUAGCCACUGACAUGGCCAGACAUGGGGAGAUACUAGACUCCUUCAGACAGAAGGUGGACAACUUCGACUUCACAAAUGAGGAACAUGUCAAAUGUUUGAAGAUGGUCUUGAUCAAGUGCUGCGACAUCUCCAAUGAGGUCAGGCCCACAGAUGUGGCUGAGCCGUGGGUGGACUGCCUGCUGGAGGAGUAUUUCAUGCAGAGUGAUAGAGAGAAGUCAGAAGGUCUUCCUGUCGCCCCAUUUAUGGACCGGGACAAAGUAACGAAGCCAACAGCACAAAUUGGCUUCAUCAAGUUUGUCCUCAUCCCCAUGUUUGAGACAGUCAUGAAGCUCUUCCCUCAGAUUGAGGAGAUCAUGGUGCAGCCACUGAGAGAUUCUCGGGAUCACUAUGAAGAACUGAAGCAAAUAGAUGAUGCCAUGUCAGAGGCCCAGAAGAAGAAAACGGAGAGCAUGUCAUUAGGAGGGAAAAAGAAAUAGACUUGGCCUCCUUCUUCCAUGGUACCAAAAAAGAGGUUCAGGCUCUAACUGAAAUGCCGUGGCCAGGAGGUAAAGCCUGGCAUUGUUCUGGCUUCCCUCACGUCGUUGUUCUGAAGCAGAGUGGAUCUUCUCCAGCCCAGGAGAUAUCGAGACCAUUUCGAAGAGACCGCUCCCUCUCCCUCCACAUCAAAUAGAUGUAGUAAGAUAUUUAUGAGAAAUCCAGCUGUGAAUGAUCAGAUUAGAAUACUUUCUUUCAGAAGCUGCCGACACUUUUGUCAUGUGCAGUAAGUGAAAGCAUACACUGGGAUUUAAUUCAGUCUCAUGACUGAUUCAUAAACACUGUUUGAUGGAAUGAUUAAAAGGAAAAGCUUUAAUUAUGUUCUGAAAUAAAAAGGGAUAUAUGCUAUUUUGAGUAAACUGAAAUACCAAAAAUAGUGUUUAGCAUACUGUAGGUUUUGAAUGUGUAAGAGUUUGGCUUCCUUGUAUCUGACCAGAUCUGAUCAGGUGAAUUUAUAUAAUUUAUAUAUUAUAUUUAUAUAAUUUAUACAGGAUUGCACCCUGAAGUACUUUACUGUGCUUCCUGUUUUAUGUAUUGUUUUUUUUUUUUUUGAGGAAUAAUAUGACUAUAAAAAAAAAAUUCAAACCAAAUUAAUUUAACAAACUUAAAUCAAGAAAUACACUUUUGUAUUCUAUAUAUUUUUGCCUGCAGUGCUAAACUUCAUUACAUUUAUACUUAAAUAAAAGAUUUUGUUCUGUCCAAGUUCCUCUCUGUAAGUUCUAAAUUCUCUCCCUGCUUUAGAGACAUUCUUGCAUCACUGAGGUGGAAUUGAUAACAGUCGGGGGGCAUAUGGUGUAUAUCAUAAGAUAUGGCAACCUUUUCUUGGAUUGUCCAGACUGAAUAUUCAUCUACAAUUGGACUAUGAUAUUUUAUCUUUUAUGGAAUGGAUUUUUAUUGUUAAUUUUUCUUGAUUUACCAUAUGAAACAUAAUGAUGUUUCUGGAUAUUACUUAAAAUAAUUUAUUUCUCGUUUAUUGGUCUCUCAAUAGUUCUUUUUCUUUUUUCCAAUGUUUUAAAUCAACAAACAUUGAUUACAUGGAACUAAAUUCUAAAACAGACUACAAACUAGAAGAUUUGACUUAAAUUGGUUCUUGCCAUCAGACCUAUAAAGUAAGAAAAUGGCAAUUAGCAAUGCAUACGAAGGCAAUGUCGUUUAUUUGUAGAUUAAAAUGUUUGUAGAUAUUUUCUGACAAAUAAAUGAGAAAAUUAAGAAAGACAGCUGAAACAUCUUGACACAUCAUUUAAAGACCAGAACAUGCAGUGAAAGGUUGUGAUUAUGAGCUUCCCUUCCCUGGUACACAGCAUUUUAGGGGAUUUUGUAAAGUGUGGCAACACACUAUGCUAAAGUAUUUUAUUUAUUUAUUUGUUUGUUUGUUUUUUUGCUUGUUAAUUUAUUUAGCAAUGUGUUCAUUAAAUCAUAAUAUAUAAAAUAUGAAGUGUAUAAAAAUGUUUCUUUCACUUCUAUUAUAUAUUGAAUGGUACAAUAAAAAAUAUGUUUUUUGGAGCUGGAAUGAAUUCACCAGUACGUGGCAUUAUUUUACUGCACAUUUUAGCUUGCUUGUUUUGUAUGUUGUUUUGAAAUCAGUGGCAUUUUAAUCACCGAAACAUGUUUUUUGUGAUAAAUUGUUUCUCAGUUCAGAGUUAUUUACAAUGCUGUAUUUUGGAGUGAUUGAACUAGAAAAGUGUUGUUUUGGUGAAUGUAUGUCCUGUUGCCGUAAACUAAACAUAGACCAGAAUAAAUGACUGUACCAUAUGUGUGA